CGCGUUACAAGAUAACAUAAAUGUAUAAGCAUUGUAACUGUUAUUUCAUACUUUCAGAUACAUACAGCAAGGCAAGGAGGAAAGCCAGAGACGCGGAGGAUACCAGCGACUUAUUGUCUGAGGCAGAGUCGAGUCGCAAACGCAAAAAAACCAAAAGGUUUAUUUCCUCAGAGACCGAGGACUCUGACGAAUCGAUGUGUUUUCCUUCGCCUCCCCCGAUGCCGGAAAUGAAAAAGGAAAUGUCAACGCAACAUUCUAUCCGUAUAGACGAGGCAGCUGCCACUGAAGCAGACUCCAGCAGUAACAGCCAAGAAGACACGACAUUAAAAUAUUUAAAAAUAAUCAUUCAACAACAGCAUUUGCAGCGUGCGCUGCUUACCGAUAUUUUAGGUCGUGUGGAGGCGUUAGAACAGCGAAUAUCGAAGGUGGACACAGUCCCAGAGGGUAAACGAUUUAUAUUUGUAUUACCGAUCGUUUACCCAAUAAACACAAGCGAGGAUAUGUCCUUACUGGAAAAUUAUUUACAGGACGAUGGAAAUUUUAAAGAUGCGGUAACAGAACUAAGUCAAACUGGCGGGUCUGUUAACUACAAUUUUAUAAAACGGGUUUUAACCUUAAUUUUAAGCAACCAAUUGGCGAUGGGGUAUAGUUGGAUGGGACGAAAAGGGAAACAAAAAUUUAAUUCCACCAACGUGGCCAAAGUUUUAAUAGAAGCAGCGCAGCAGAUGGGUCUGGGUCAGGUGAAGAAAGACACUGAGACUUCAAUAAUGUUAUGGCUGAGGAGGGCUGCCGAACGGACCAGGAGCAUUGCAAAAAAUUUGUAGGUGUUUCCAUAUUUCGGGCCGAUUCCCGAGGCACCGCACCGCCUUCUGUAUCCCCACGACCGCUCCAGGAUCGACUAAAAUUUCCUUGUGCUGUCUUCUGUUCAUUUAUUUUUCUGUCGAGUGACGUUUAGUGGAAUAGGCUUACAGGGGAAACCACUUUAAAAAAAAACGCAUCAACAAUAAUACCUCUUGGGGGAUGUGGAAAGUUAUUGUUAUUAUGUGUAUAUAUAAAAGAUGUUUAUAGAUCAAAACAUAGUAUUAAUUACUUUAAUUAUCUGUGAAAAUAACAAGUAUUGACAGUACAAGGAAAUUGUAAAUGUGUAAUUCCGAGCACUAAUGUAUAGUUUAAGAUUAAAUAUAUGUAUAUAUAAGUAUAACGUUCUAAAGGGUGUUCCUAAUUUAAGUGCCAAAAUUUUAGGAGCAUGUAGGGCACCGAUAAUCUACGAAAAGAAGUCCUUUAGAGGUAUACUC